GCCCAGCUGGUUGGUAGCAUAGCUGUUAGCAGCAUUUGCAUCCAAGGACAACUUGAAAUACCAGAGAACUCCAACCGAUGCGAUGGGGGCAUCACUGACCAGGGCCGCUCAGUGGACCACGGCCAGCUCUGGUAGUACUGGCAAACUGGAGAUCACUCCAAUCAAUGAGUCGUUGUUGAAAGACAUCCUGCACUUUGUGGAGCAGUUUGGCCUCAGGCAUCCACAGGAGGCAGCUCACGUGUUUGAAGAGCCACUGCAGUGGACUUGCACCUUAGUGGCAUCUGAUUUCAAUACUGACUACGACAUCAGCCAUGCAGAUGUACGGUCCCAGGAAAACGACGGCAAAGGUCACCCCCUGCUCCGCCUCUCCCCCCCGACCGUAGCAGUGGGGAGCUUCAGCCAGCUCUCUAAGCUGGUGCAGCUGGCCGGGGAUAGGGGGCUGACGGAGGUCGCAGCCUGUCUGGAAGCAAACCGAGAUCUGGUGGUGAAAGUCCUGGGUUCCAGCCUCGCCACGGUCCUGGAAGGAGGCGCAGACACGUCGGCGCCGGAGCUGGUGGAGAAGCUGAAGGCAGAGGGCCCAGAGCAGGCCCAGGACUCUGAGGUCAAGGUGCAGCUCUUCCUCCUGCUCCAACAGCUAGACAACCAGCUCAUCAGCAAGGCCCUCACAGACUUCUCCAAAGAAGUGGGAGUCAGACCGUGGGCUGUGAAGAAUGAGGUGGAGCUGUUGAAAGGCUUCUGCAGCGAGGGAAACAAGCGAGUGUUGAAGUCUGUUCGAUACACAUCAGAUUAUGAAUUUUCCAAUGGCUGUCGCAGCCCGCCGUGGAGGCAGGUGCACGGGGAGAUUUGUUACCUGGUGGUGGAGCCCUGCGAUAAGGAUCCUCUCCACGUCACCUGCAGCAAGGCCGGAGUCUUCCUCAACCAGGGUUUAAAACAGGCGGCGGAGACGGAGGACAUCUACACCAAGACGAGUGACACAUACGCAGACCUGUCGAUGCUGCUGAAGAGCCGCUCCCCUCACUUUUCUGAGAACUUCAACAGUCAGGAUUCUGCAGUUCAAGAAAGGCUUCCAUCAACACAAAAGGUCCAACAUGUGGAACCGGUUGGUGCGGAGGAACAAGGCCAACCCCAGAGGUCUUGCAAGCAUCAGGAGAAGAAUGCGCCCAAGAUGGCGAGACGGCGAGAGCACGCGGUGAACACGACGAGCAGCAAGAAGAAAUUGGAACCAUCCCUCAAAUGGAAGAAUCUCGGCCUCACGGCUCCCUUUGACGAAGCGCAGCAGAGGAAACCCAGUAAGAGCACUGGGAGGGAGAGGGCCGGCGAGACGCAGGAGAAGAUCCUGAGAUCCACCAAGGGCAACUUCUCCGUGGCCUCCCUACCCGGGCACCAGAAAACUGAAGCAGAGCAGAAGAAACCCAGUAAGGGAUCUGGAAAGGGGAGGGCGGGCGAGACGCAGGAGAAGAUGCUGAGGUCGGAGAGCAAGAGGAAGGCCAACUUCUCCUUGGCCUCCCUACCGGCGCACCAGUCCUCCCAGAGAAGUAAGACGGAGGAGCUCUUCAGCGAGAGCUCCUCGGAGAGCGAGGAAGACGAGGAGCAGCCAGACCGCCGGCCCAAGAGCAACAUGGACCUUCCCUCCGAAUACUGGCAGAUCCAGAAACUGGUCAAGUACCUCAAGCGUGGCGACCAGACGGCCACUGUGAUUGCUCUGUGCUGCAUGAUGGACUUCAACUUGGCGCAGGAGACGUGCCAAAUGGCCAUCCGGGACGUAGGUGGCCUGGAGGUGCUCAUUAACUUGCUGGACACAGAAGAAAUCAGAUGCCAAAUCGGUUCGCUGAAGAUCCUGAGGAAGAUCAGCCAGAACUCCCAGAUUCGCCGCGCCAUCGCGGACCUGGGCGGCCUCCAGACCAUGGUGAAGAUCCUGGACUCCCCCGUGGUGGAGCUCAAGGCCCUGGCUGCUGAGACCAUCGCCAACGUGGCCCGCUUCCGAAGGGCCCGCCGGACCGUUAGGCAGUACGGAGGCAUCAAGAGGCUGGUGGAGCUGCUGGACUGCGCCCCCGACGCGGCCACCCUCAGCGAGGAGCAGGAGAAGGAGGUGGAGGCGGCGCGCUGCGGGGCCCUGGCGCUGUGGAGCUGCAGCAAGAGCACCCGCAACAAGGAGGCCAUCCGGCAGGCGGGAGGGGUGCCGCUGCUGGCCCGGCUGCUCAAGUCCCCCCACGAGAACCUGCUCAUCCCCGUGGUGGGCACCCUGCAGGAGUGUGCCUCGGAGGGCAUCUAUGGUUGCAUCACGCGAGGGCAGGUGACGUCCCUGGUGACCAACCUGAACCGGUACAAUGAGUAUCUCCAGAUGCACUGUGCCAGCCCUGCCAUCUUCAAGUGUGCCGAGGAAAAGCAAACCCGGGACCUGGUGCGUCAGUACCAGGGCCUGAAGCCACUGGUGUCCCUGCUGAGCAAGGCCGACAACAAACAGCUGCUGGCCGCCACCACUGGGGCCAUCUGGAAGUGUUCCAUCAGCAUCGAGAACGUGGCUAAGUUCCAGGAGUACCAGACACUGGAUAUCUUGGUGGGCCUGCUGACGGACCAGCCAGAGGAGGUGCUGGUCAACGUGGUGGGGGCUCUGGGGGAGUGUGCCCAGGGCGCUGCCAACAGGGUCACCAUCCGCAAGAGUGGCGGCAUCCAGCCUCUGGUGAACCUGCUCACGGGAACCAACCAGGCACUGCUUGUGAACGUGACCAGGGCGGUGGGGGCCUGCGCUGCAGAUCUAGAUACCAUGGCAAUCAUCGACAAACUGGACGGCGUGCGUCUCCUCUGGUCCCUGCUGAAGAACCCUGGGGUGGAGGUGCAGGCCAGCGCUGCCUGGGCCAUCUGCCCGUGCAUCCAGAACACAAAGUACGCAGGGGAAAUGGUGCGCUCCUUCGUCGGCGGCAUGGAACUGAUUGUCAAUCUGCUGAAGUCAACAAACAAAGAAGUGCUGGCGAGCGCCUGCGCUGCCAUCACCAAGAUCGCCAUCGACAAGGAGAACCUGGCAGUGAUCACGGACUACGGGGUCGUCCCCAUGCUGGCCAACCUGACGAACACAACCGAUGACAGGCUCCGUCGCCACCUGGCCGAGGCCAUCGCCGGCUGCUGCAUGUGGGUGAGCAACAUCGAGUCGUUCGGGGAGGUGAGGGCCGUGGCCCCCCUAGUGCGCUACCUCAAGUCCCAGGACCGCGCCGUGCACCGGGCCACGGCCGAGGCGCUGUUCCAGCUGUCCAAGAGCCCCAACAACUGCAUCACCAUGCACGAGAGCGGAGUGGUGAAGCCCCUGCUGGUGAUGAUUGGCUCCACGGACGACGUGCUCCAAGAGGCCGCCGCCGGAUGCCUGGGCAACAUCCGUCGACUGUUCCUGGCCUACGACAAAGCACGCUACGGUUAA